AUGCAUCCAAAUUCACUGUCUCCAAUGAUGGAAAAGUUUGGAUUUCACAAGGUGACCAAUAGUCCUACUUCACCAAACCAAGCAAAGAUUACUCACAACAUAUCAGAUCGCCCUCAUCUUCCUCCUCGCCAUGAACCAGUGGAAGCAUUUAGAAAACAGUUACGGGUUGCUAAUGCCCCAGGUAAUGACGUUGUAGUUGCCAAUUGUGUUGCGGUGAGUCCAGGAGAUUUUCCUCAUCUUCCAGACAGAACGCCAGUCAUCUUGGAUGGCGUUUUCGUGUAUUCGAUAGCCAAGGACGAGCGUGUGAAACCUGGACACAUCGGAUUGGCCGGAAAUAUGAGAUCAUGGGGAAAAUAUUCAUUCGAUCAAAUUGUCAAUGUUGAAACAUAUGACAUUUUUCAAUCGGGACAGCAACAACAAUACCUCGGUGCUAUCGAUCUUCUGAUUGAUUUUGUCAAAGCCAAGUCCAACUCUUCUGCUUUGAAUCAUGAUGAAUUGGUCAACAUAUUUCACCAAAAGUAUGAAAAUCAAAUAUUGCAACCUACACAAGUGAUCUAUAUGGAUUUCCACAAUGUUUACUACACAGUCAAAGUGGAGCAAGUUCAAAUUAUUGACGUCAACACUAAAGACAAUUUGCCAAGUUUCAAGGAUUCCGGAGAUAUAAAAACGAAAGGAAUUUUUAUCAAGUCAACCGAUGUCGUAUUUUACCCUUAUGAAGGAUCAAAAAUCAAUAUAUCCAAAAGCAAGAGUUUGAAAUCGAGAAUAUUUGGCGGUAAUGGUGCUCAUGAGACACGUCGUCAUACAAGAAAGCAAAUUAUCAACCCAGAUUUCAAAUUAGAGGACUUGGGUAUUGGUGGGUUGGACUCUGAGUUUCAGGAUAUUUUCCGUCGUGCUUUCAACUCGAGAAUCUUACCACCCGAGAUUGCAGAAAAGUUGGAUUACAAACAUUGUAAAGGGUUGUUAUUGUAUGGACCUCCAGGUACUGGUAAGACGUUGAUUGCUCGAAAGUUGUCCAAAAUGUUGAAUGGUAAAGAACCAAAGAUUGUUAAUGGACCCGAAAUGUUGAGUAAAUACGUUGGUGCGUCUGAAGAAAAUAUUCGUAAUUUGUUCAAGGACGCUGAAGCUGAAUAUAAACUUAAAGGUGAGGACUCGGACUUGCACGUUAUUAUUUUUGAUGAAUUAGAUUCCGUUUUUAAACAGAGAGGUUCUGGAAAGAGUGACGGAACAGGGGUUGGUGACAAUGUUGUGAAUCAAUUGUUGUCAAAGAUGGAUGGUGUUGAUCAGUUGAACAAUAUUCUUGUCAUUGGUAUGACCAAUAGACUCGACUUGAUUGAUACUGCAUUGUUGAGACCUGGUAGAUUUGAAAUUCAGAUUGAGAUUGCUUUACCAGAUGAAAAAGGUAGAAAGGAUAUCUUUAUGAUACAUACAAAAAAGUUGAGAGAAAAUGGCUUGUUAACUAAGGAUGUCAAUCUUGAUGAAUUGAGUAUGUUGACGAAGAAUUUCACUGGAGCUGAAAUUGAAGGUCUUUGUAAUUCAGCUAAGUCGUAUGCAGUAUCGCGCCACACCAAGAAAGGGUCGUUGGCUCAAAUUGAUCCUGAAUCCAUUAACAAUAUGCACAUUACCAGAAAUGAUUUCCUUUUGGCUUUGAAUGAUAUUCGUCCGGCUUUUGGUACUGAUGAGGAAGAUCUUGCCCAACAAGCACAACAUGGAAUCAUCCAAUUUAACCAAACAAUCACAAAUAUCUUUGAAAAGGGUCAAUCCAUUAUUGAUGUGGUUAGAUCUAGUGAGUCCGAAACAUUGAGAAGUCUUUUGUUGUAUGGUCCACCUGGAGUUGGUAAAACCGCCAUUGCCACUACUUUGGCAUUAAACAGUGAUUUCCCUUUUAUCAAGAUGUUAUCGGCCGAGACGUUGGUUGGUAUGGGAGAGGCUAGAAAAAUUCAGGAAAUUGAUAAUGUUUUCAGAGAUGUUCACAAGUCGCCAUUGAAUGUUUUGGUUAUUGACAAAAUUGAAAACAUUAUUAAUUAUAACCCUAUUGGACCAAGAUUCUCAAAUGAUGUUUUACAAGUGUUAAAUGUGUACUUGACCAAGAAACCACCUAGAGGUAGGAGAUUGUUAAUCAUAGGUACAACUUCCCAAUACUCAGUCUUGAAACAUAUGAAUCUUGUUGAUAGUUUUAAUGAUGCUAUUGCUGUUCCUCCUAUCAGGACCAUUGAAGAAGUGGGUAAAGUAAUGGACAAGUUAGGAUUUAUGACACCAGACCAGAGACAAGACGUUUUACAGCAACUAGGACAAUAUGAUAUCAACAUUGGAGUCAAGAGUUUGAUUGAUGUAUUGAUGGUUAGUAAAUACGCAAGAGAUAGCGUUGAUGACGUUGUUAACAAUAUUGUGGAAAAGAUGACCGCUUAG